AUGUCGCCCAGAAAGACGCAGAAGAAGCCAAAGGCAGCGAAAGAGGCGGAAUCCCAGGCACAAAAUGCAACAGCGUCAACUAUCCUCCUGAAUGUCGGUAGAGCAGCAGCACUCUUGCUUGUCGCAGGUUUCGCGUCGCCGGUAUCACAACUGAACCUGUCGCCUGUCUAUGGGUCCAUUCCAGCAUCGCUACACCAUCAGCGGACAAUGACUAUCACUGCUGUUGCAGCCCUUUUAACGAGACGGGCUCUGAAAAGCUACGUAUCUGCCAAUGUCGCACAGUACAUCGCUGUGGUCGCAUACUGGACACCCGUCAUUCAAUUUCUUCUAUUCCCAUACAGCGGAAAGAUCGGGGUUGAGUAUGGACCGCUACUCAUCGAAUCUCUUACGUACUUCCCCCUGCUAUUCCUCUCGAUAUUCGCUGCGGCCGACCUUUUGGAAUGCAUCGACAUCACCGGAAUCAAUCCUUCGCCGUUGAAGGAGAUCAUUAUUCCCACCGCAUCUUAUUUCACUGUGUCGACCGUCGCCAAGAUCAGCAGCGCUCUUAUCCCAGGCUUUAUCGGAACAUCCGUCUACUUUACACGUGUGGGUAUGCAGAUGCUUCUUGCAUCGGCAUCUGCAUUCUUUAGCCCAUCGCGCAUCAUCCUCCUCGCCUUUCCAGCAAUCCUACACACGCUUUGGACGAACCCGCAUCAUCCUUCGGCUCAUGGUUUACAACUAGCAAACUCCACGUUGCAAGCUACACAGAAUUACACACUUCUCGCCCGUCAGGAGUCUGUCACUGGAUACGUAUCCGUUCUCGAGAACCAUGCCGACAAUGCUUUCCGUCUCCUCCGAUGUGACCACUCCCUCCUCGGCGGCGAAUGGCAGGUAACACCACAGGCCUAUGCCAAGGGCCAACGGCAGCGCGAGUCCAUAUUCGCGGUCUUCGUUCUUCUCGAGGCCGUUCGUCUCAUUGAGCCACCAGUCGAUACUCUACCCACCAUAGACGAUAGCAAGAAAUCCGCCUUGGUAAUCGGUCUCGGCAUUGGUACGGCACCCAACGCCAUGAUAAAACACGGCAUAAACACUACCAUCGUCGAACUCGACCCCGUAGUCCAUCACUACGCAACAAAAUACUUCGACUUAAACCCCGAUCACACCGCCGUCAUCGACGACGCGACAGCCUACGUAGCGCAGAAAUCCGUGUCAGCACCAGGCAGCUUCGACUACAUCAUCCACGACGUGUUCACCGGCGGCGCGGAACCCGUAUACCUUUUCACCACAGAGUUCAUGCAGGGUCUCUACGACUUGCUGGCACCAGAGGGUGUUGUAGCAAUCAACUACGCUGGCGAUCUUACACUAGGCUCAACAAGACUGGUGUUGAACACCAUCCACGCCAUUUUCCCUGCCUGUCGCCUCUUCCGGGAUUCCCCCGCGCCAGAAGAGCACAAGGAAGGCGAAGCCGAUUUCAUCAACAUGGUCAUCUUCUGCGUCAAGAACGAUCAUGGGUUAGGUAAAGCAGCUGUUAACUUCCGCGAUGCGGUUCAAAAGGAUUUCCUGAGCAGUAUUGCGCGGAGGAACUUCUUGCAGCCGCAGAAGCAGUUGGAGGUAAAAUACGACUUUGUGAGCAAGGAGAACGGAGGUAAGGUUAUGGGGAAUGCGGAUGUGGGUGAGUUGGAGAAGUUCCAUGAGGAUGGCGCGGUUAGUCAUUGGAGGAUUAUGAGGACGGUGCUGCCGGAGGGGGUGUGGGAGAUGUGGUGA